AUGAUUGCAGGAAUUCAUUGGUGUAUACUAAAGGUUAUCGCUAAACAAACGGCUUCUGAUGCUUUUCGGAAUCCCCAAAACUCCGAAAAACCUUGUUUUCAUCUGCUCCGCCGAUUGUUUACUUUAAGUCUGCAGGAGAAAAGGAACACCAACAUCAACAUCAACAUCAACUUUAAUCCCCAUGUCCUUUUCCUUCUUCUCCUUGUUGAUGUUGAUGUUCCUUUUCUCCAUUUCUUUUCCCCUCACAUAUUGUUCAAUCGAUCUCUCUUUUUCGUUUCCUCUUUUCCACUUUUGCAACCUUCUCCACACCCAACUUUGGCUUCUCUGUUUUGUAUUCUUUUCCCCUCUCGUACUCUAUCUUUCUCCUCUUUUUCAUUGUUUACCCUUUUGCCUUUCUUUGUUCGUCCUUGCUGCUAUGCUACUGCUACUGCUACUGCUACUGCUACUGCUACUGCUACUGCUACUGCUACUGCUACUGCUACUGCUACCGCUACCGCUACCGCUUUGACUAUGACUAUGACUUCUUUUUUGUAUAAAACAAUACUCAACGUACUGCUUUUUCUUUGCUUUGCUUUGUUUUGUUUUGUUUUGUUUUGCUCUUUCCUUUGGGAGAAUCAUAUGAACCAUCCUCUUGUGCAUCCUGCGUCACAUUGA